ACGGUCCUGUGGGAGGGAGCAGUCGGGUCACAUUUGACAAAGACAACAGGUCUCAGGAAGGGUUGUCACCCUGGAGCUGCAGAGGGAGAGUCUCUGAAUUGAAACCUUCUGCUCACGAUGGCGCUGGCCAUGAAGGUGCUGGUGAUGCUGGCUCUGGGGAUGGACCUCGGGCCUUGCUCAGGUUUCCCCGUGUACGACUAUGAUCCCUCCUCCCUGCGGGAAGCCCUCAGCGCCGCGGUGGCCAAAGUGAACGCUCAGUCCCUGAGCCCGUACCUGUUCCGCGCCUUCCGAAGCUCCGUAAAAAGAGUCAAUGUUCUGGAUGAGGACAACGUGAUCAUGGAUUUAGAGUUCAACAUUCGAGAAACUACGUGCCUGAGAGAUUCCGGAGCAGAUCCUUCUAGCUGUGCCUUCCAGAGGGGCCACUACAUGCCGGUGGCUGCCUGCAGGAGCACAGUGCGGAUGUCGGGCCUGCAGGCGCAGGAGGUGUGGGCUCACUGCCGCUGGCCCUCCACGUCCGAGUCUGACAGCAGUGAAGAGAUGAUUUUUGGGGACAUGAUGAGGUCCUAUAGGUGGAGAAACAAUGAUCUACUUGGUCUCAUUCCUGAGGAACCCAGAAAUGAGCAAUAUUAUGAUCCGUCGCUUGACCUGAGAAGGAGCUUUCCUCCUGGAAAUGGAAGGAGCCCACGCUACCAGCACAGACCAAGAGCAAACACUGGCUUCGAGUAACGGCCCUGAGAAACCCAGGCCCGAUGUCACCGAGGCCGAUAGGUGCAGGUGCAGGGAAUCUCCGUGGCCUCCUGAGACUCAGCUUCCUGCCUAGCUUCCUUUCUUGACUGAUGGCCUCAGCAGCCACCUAAAUUGGCUGAGGGCCUCACUGAGCUUCUUCAUCCUGCGUCUCCUCCUCCCAGCAUCCACAGGGUCCAGCACUGUCCAUGUCACCCUGCGUUUUCUCUGCUGCUGGCCCUCACUUCUGCACACCACCCCUGAGCCCCUGAUUGCUUCUCGCCUGGGGUCCUGAUCCCACGCCUUGUGUGCUGCCCCUGUCUUGAACACAGAGGAGACCCGGGCCCUUCUCCACCUACACUCUGAUGCUAGCUUCUCUUGUGGAAGAAAGCGGAGGUGUGAGGAAGCCAGAUGGGAGCCCAGCAGAGGACGGCCUCCACAUUCCCCCGGGGCUGUGGGGAGCUGCAGACAGGGCCCUGCUGUGUCACACCAGAGUCUCACCGGGACCUAAGUUCCCAGUGUCUAGGGAUCAGAGCCAACAGAGCUAGGUGCUUUUUAAAGAUUUCCAAGUAUUAAAGGGGCAUCACGAAUGGCACAUUUGAAAGGAACCUCAAGAUGCAAUUACAGAUGUUGAUUCAGUGUGUA